AGAAUAGUACAUAGUCGUUUCCGAUCUGUGACGUCACAGAUCGCGUAGCCUCCCUUUCAAAACCAUCUUUGUACACUUGCGAAGUAGAAAGAACAUCGUACAAAAUGCCUGAUGUACCUGCUGGAGAUAUUGACAAAGGCAAGAAGAUCUUCGUCCAGAAGUGCGCACAAUGCCACACUGUAGAGGCUGGUGGAAAGCAUAAAACAGGACCCAAUCUCAACGGAUUGUUCGGCAGAAAGACAGGACAAGCAGUCGGGUUCAGCUACACAGAUGCCAACAAAAACAAAGGAAUUACAUGGGGCAGAGAUACUAUCUUCCAGUAUUUAGAGAAUCCCAAGAAAUACAUCCCAGGAACAAAGAUGGUGUUUGCAGGAAUCAAGAAGGCACAAGAAAGAGGGAACCUGAUCGCUUAUUUGGAACACGCCACAAAAUAACCACGUCACUUCAUAGGAUUAUAAAUUAUUGUUUUAUUUCAGAUUAUUUGAGAUUUUUGAAUUUCUGCAUGAUUGUCAUCUUAAAGUAAAAGAACUAAUAGGUUGAAAAAAAAGAUAAUUAUUUUACAUCAGUUUGAAGAGAAAAAAUGGACUUGUCAUGUUUUAAUACAUGUAAAACUUCUCUCAGUCUGGAAAUCAUAAUUUCUUAUAAGUUUCAAUCUUUUGUGAUCUCAACACGAUUCAAAAGGCUUACAGAUGUGGACUGGUUUCUUGAUUUUUACCGAUAAAUUCAGUAAAUGUUUUUAAUGGCGUGUCCCAGGUUGGGCAGUUACUUGUCAUGCUGAACAUCAUUACCACAUGAAAUAUAUCUUUUUUAACAGUUUGUAUAUAGUUGCCAACAAGUUUGUGUUUUAAAUAAAAACUUGGAUUCA